AACCCCAUGACAUUUUCACAUGUGCGGGGGAAGAAGAUGAGUUCGAGAAUGAAGCAAUAUUCAGCACCAACUCCAUAUCACUUUCUCUGCUUCUGCUGCUCCUUAUUCUUCUUCUUCUUCUUCUUCUCGUUUCAGAUUUCAAGCGCUCAGAAUGCUACUACAGACCCAUCUGAAGCUAAGGCAUUGACCUCGAUGUUCCAACAAUGGGAUGCGCAAGCUAACGCAUUAUGGAACAAUAGCCGCGGAGAGCUAUGUACCGGAUCUGCCCUCGAUGAAACGAUAUUUGAAGACUCCAGUAAUAACCCAUCCAUCCUUUGCGAUUGUACUUAUGACAAUGGCUCAACUUGCCACAUCACUCAACUUAGAGUUCUUGCUCUGGACAAACGUGGAGUUAUUCCAGAAGAUAUUGUGGCUUUGAAAUAUCUGACCUUUUUGAAGAUUGAUCAAAAUUUCUUCACGGGUACCUUGCCAGCAUUUAUUGGAAACUUAUCUAAAUUGCAGCUUCUGUCAAUUGCGCAUAAUACGUUUUAUGGGACCAUUCCAAUGGAGCUUGGAAACCUUAAGGAGUUGACAGUGCUGUCUAUUUCUAAUAACAAUUUCUCUGGAACUCUCCCUCCAGAACUUGGUAAUUUGGUCAAACUGGAGCAAUUUUAUCUAAGCAGUUGUGGGUUGGGUGGUGAAUUUCCCUCAACAUUUGCUAAGCUUCAAAACAUGCAAGUUCUGACGGCAUUUGACACUCCUUUGAGUGGAAAAAUACCUGAAUUUAUUGGUAAUUGGACAAGACUUGAGAAAUUGAGAUUUCGAGGAAACUCCUUUGAAGGUCCAAUACCAUCUAGUUUUUCUAUGUUGAUCUCACUGAACUCUCUACAGAUCAGUGAUUUAUACAAUGUGAGCUCUUCCCUUGAUUUCAUAACUGGCUUGAAGAAAUUAACAGAUUUAGUUCUGAGGAAUGCCCUGAUCAGUGGAAUUAUUCCUUCUAAUAUUGGAGAAUACCAAAGUCUACAAAUAUUGGAUUUGAGUUUCAACAACUUAACAGGCCAAAUACCCAGUGCUUUGUUCGAUAUGAGUUCUCUUACAUACUUGUUUCUUGGAAACAACAGUCUUUCUGGACCGCUUCCUAGCCAAAAAAGUGAAAUGCUUCAAAAUAUAGAUUUAUCUUACAAUGAUAUAUCUGGAAGCUUUCCAAGUUGGGUAACUACCUCUGGUUUACAACUGAACUUGGUGGCCAACAAUUUCACGUUUGGUAGCUCAAACGUAAGUACUUUGCCAGGGUUGGAUUGUCUUCAGAAGAACUUUCCGUGCUAUAGGAAUUCUCCACGUUAUGCAAAUUUCUCAAUCAAAUGCGGCGGCAGAACAAUGAGAACUGCUGAUGGCACAGUGUAUGAGGCUGAAAAUGCAUCUCUUGGUGCAGCUUCGUUCUAUGUAACCAGUUUUGACAAAUGGGCAGUGAGCAAUGUGGGGUUGUUCUUUGACCGCACUGAACCAUCUUAUGUACAGACUACCUUGACACUAGUAACUAGGACGAAUACACCAGAGCUUUUCCAGAGAUCAAGAAUAUCCCCUGGAUCACUUAGGUACUAUGGCCUGGGUCUUGAGAAUGGACCUUAUACUGUAAGCAUGCUAUUUGCAGAAACAGUUUUUAGAGAUCGAAGCUCACAAACAUGGAAGAGUCUUGGGAGGAGAGUGUUUGAUAUCUAUAUUCAGGGGAGUCUCCGACAGAAAGACUUUGACAUAUCAAAGGAGGCAGGUGGUGUUGAAAGAGCACUUGAAAAGGUUUUCAAUGCUACUGUCUCGGAGAACUACCUUGAAGUUCAUUUGUUUUGGGCUGGUAAAGGGACCUGCUGCGUACCAGUGCAUGGUCACUAUGGCGCAAUGAUUUCGGCCCUCCGCGCUGUUUCAGAUUUCCAGCCUACUGUAAGUGGGAUUCCACCAAGUACUUCAGAAGGGAAGAACAGAACAGGGUUGGUUGUUGGUAUUUCUGUCUCCGUAGGAGUUGUUAGCUUAAUACUGAUAGUUGCAGCUUGUUUUAUGAAAAGAAAAUCAGACAGCAAUGACGAGGAAGAGCUUCUUGGUAUUGGUCCUAGACCAAAUACUUUUAGUUAUGCUGAGCUCAGAUCCGCCACAGAAGAAUUUAUACCUUCUAAUAAGCUAGGAGAGGGAGGAUUUGGACCGGUUUACAAGGGUACACUUUCUGAUGGGAGGGUAGUGGCCGUGAAGCAACUUUCAGUUGCAUCUCACCAGGGGAGGAGUCAGUUUAUUGCUGAGAUUGCUACCAUAUCUGCUGUACAACAUCGCAAUCUUGUGAAACUGUACGGAUGCUGCAUCGAAGGAGAUAAGCGUCUCCUCGUUUAUGAAUAUCUUGAGAACAAAAGUCUUGAUCAAGCACUCUUUGGAAAAAAUGGCCUGAAUCUUGAUUGGCCUACCCGGAUCAGCAUAUGCAUAGGAACUGCAAGAGGCCUAGCUUAUCUUCAUGAGGAGUCAAGGCCGAGAAUCGUACAUCGAGAUGUCAAGGCUAGUAAUAUCUUGCUUGAUGCAGAACUUUGCCCCAAGAUUUCAGAUUUUGGAUUGGCAAAGCUAUACGAUGAUAAGAUAACGCACAUCAGCACCCGAGUAGCUGGGACCAUUGGCUAUCUAGCUCCAGAGUAUGCAAUGCGUGGACACUUAACAGAAAAGGCAGAUGUUUUCAGUUUUGGUGUUUUUGCUCUGGAGAUCCUCAGUGGAAGGUCAAACUCAGACAGUAACUUGGAUACUGAAAAGAUUUAUCUACUUGAAUGGGCAUGGACUCUUCAUGAACAAAACCAAGCUUUGGAAUUGGCGGAUCCUAAAUUAUUGGAGUUUGAUGAAAAUGAAGCAACUAGAGUGAUAGGAGUGGCUCUUUUGUGCACUCAAGCAUCACCAAUGAUGCGCCCCCCCAUGUCACGUGUUGUUGCCAUGCUUGCUGGAGAUAUUGAAGUGGGCACUGUUACAACAAAGCCAAGUUAUUUAACAGACUUGGAUUUCAAAGACAUCACAAGCAACUUUUUAGAUGAAGGUGAUACUAUGUUAACUACCUCGAGUAGGAUUAAGAGACAGCAGAAAAACCAAGAUGGCAACAAAAUUGAUGUGAGCCCGACUGAUCCAACACCCUCACCUAUGAAUGUCACCAAAUCGAUGAUCACUAAUAUUAUUGGAGAAGGAAGAUGAACAGUAUCUUGUCUAAUUGUGUCAAUCUUGGUGGUAUUGAAUUUGCCUCCUAACCAAUCACAGUUACCUUUAAGUUUCUACAAAAGUUGUGGUACGAUCUAGGGUUCCUCCCUCUCUAUCUCAAGCUAUCAGCAUGGAACUGAAGGGAUAACUUUAAAGACCUAGUUGAUUUUUUACUUGUAUUGUGUUGUUGUCGUGGGUCAGGGUCGAGUGGCCUAGGUUUACUUCAGAUGUGGGCCUAUGUCAUGAGGUUAUUUUAGUUAAUUUAGUCCUUUAGUAUAUAUGUAGUAUUUCAGCCCAUUAAGGGCAUUACUGUCAUUUCCCGAUAAUUCAAUUAUGCAUGGGAUAUUAGUA